AUGGCUUGGAGGCUGUUUCAGAAGGUCCCACUGAGCCAAGGACUCAAGGCCUGGCCACAGUCCUGCCAAGACUCGGGGGACUAUCCUCUGACAGCUCCAGGUCCAUCCUGGAAGAAGUUCCAGGGCAGCUUCUGUGAGUCUGUGAGGACAUUGGUCUGUUGGUUCCAGUACAGCUUCCUCCAUGAUGGCUUCCCUAUGGACAACCCCAUCUGCCUGCUCACUGGCCUCUCAGACUCACAAGUCCGCGCCUUCCGUCACACUAGCACCCUGGCUGCUAUGAAACUGACGACCUCCCUGGUAAGAGUUGCCCUCCAACUGAGUCUGCACCAAGAUAACAAUGAGCGUCAGUAUGAGGCUGAAAGAAACAAGGGGCCAGGGCAGAGGGCACCUGAGCGGCUGGAGAGCCUGUUGGAGAAAUGCAAAGAGGUGAGGAGUGUUCCCUGCUUCUUCCUUCCCUUUUUCCCAGCUUGCACCCACUUCUGCCACAGACCCCCUUAUCAGGCCCUGGGCAGUCUUUCAAGAUCAUGAAUAAUGGAGUCUGGCAGUAGUUUCAUAGACCCAUCCUGUAAGGGGUCGUUGCGUGCUCAUCUUGUUUCUGGGUUGUGGCUCAAUAAAUAAUGUGUAAUUUAGAGUUCUCUCUAAUUCCACUUUUACUCAGUUUUUCUUUGUCAGCACUCAUUGUCAGGAGUGUUUAAGUGCUGUACCUGGAUCCACUCACCUCAGCCU